AUGGGUGACAAACAUUGCUUUAUAAUCCCCGUCAAUUCCCGAGGUCCAUUCGAGCCUCGUCAGCAACGAUACCUCGGUCCCACCUUUGAAGUGGCUGAUCAGACCACAGGAAUCGUCGCACAACCAGCGUACUUGCGUAUUGGUGAACCACUGGUCCUCAGUAGAGCGGCAAGAACAUGA